ACAUUUGUUCAAACUAAUUUGUUACUGGGUUUAUUCUCAGGCUGAUGGUUUUUUCCCCCUCCGUCUUUUCUAUGAGCUCUAACAACUUUUCGUGUUAGUUAUCUCCACUUUUGCUUGGCCUUUGGGCAAACAGUUUGAAAAACUCUCAGCUUUAAAAUGGUAGAGGGCAGCCUCAUACUGGCUUUUUAUAAUAAAAUUUCCUAAAAUGUGAUUAAAUGAGAUUUGCCAUUAAUUAAAAUUAAGGCCCUUAAAAAUCAAGAAUUUGAUAUAUUUUUAAAAUAAUGAUAUUUUUCUUCUACAGAUGGAAUGUGGUGGAAUGAAUUUAGUCUUUAUUCCAAACAUAAAUUAGUAAAUGAUUUAGGCCUCUAGCUGUAAGUGAAAUUCUAUAGGUAGAAAAACUGAUUGACCCCCACCACCCACAGGUGCUCUCUUGCUGUGGAAUCCCUUUGCUCGGUUUUCUCCUGUCCAAUCAGGUGGAAUGUUUCACAGGCACAUGGUUUAUACAGCUCAAAAUAACUUGGGACCUGUGAGCUGACAAAUGCUCUGGCUCCGGUGGUGACAGGUUGUCCAGCUUCUUACAGCCAUCUUCACUGAAACUAAGGUUAACUCCUCACUCUCUAUGGACGGCUGCUCUCUAUUUCCAAGGGCGUGAAGAACUUUCUUUUUCUCCUCUGCUUUCAUCUAAAAGUUCUCCUUGGAUAAUUAUCAUCACAGUGGAGUGCCUGGGUUGGACAUCUUCAUCUGGGUCAACUAAAAAAAGAAAGCAUGCAAGACGACAGCAUAGAAGCUUCUACUUCCAUAUCUCAGCUUUUAAGAGAGAGCUAUUUAGCAGAAACUAGACAUCCAGGAAACAAUGAGAGGAGUCGAGCAGAACCUUCCUCCAACCCUUUCCAUUUUGGCAGUCCUGGAGCUGCUGAAGGAGGAGGCCAAGAUGACCUUCCAGAUCUUUCAGCCUUUCUGAGCCAAGAAGAAUUAGAUGAAAGUGUUAAUCUGGCAAGACUGGCCAUCAACCAUGACCCUUUGGAGAAAGCAGAUGAAGCUCAAGCUAGAAAACGUCUUUCUUCUGAGCAGAUGAAACACUCACCUAAAUCAACUUUUGACCCUAACUUCUGCCAAGAUAACUCUCGAAGUCCUUCCAGCUCUAAAGAGAGCCCUCAGGAGGCAAAAAGGCCACAGUAUAGCUCAGAAACCCAGUCCAAAAAAGUAUUUUUAAAUAAAGCUGCCGAUUUCAUUGAAGAGCUGUCCUCCCUUUUCAAAGCCCAUAGUUCCAAAAGGAUUAGACCUCAUGCUUGCAAAAACCACAAGAGUAAAUUGGAAUCUCAAAACAAACUUAUGCAGGAAAGCAGCUCCAGUGUCUCAGAUCUAUCAGAGAGAAGAGAAAGAUCUUCUGUUCCCAUCCCUAUCCCUGCAGACACCAGGGACAAUGAAGUGAAUCAUGCCCUUGAACAGCAGGAAGCUAAGAGGCGUGAGGCUGAGCAGGCUGCCAGUGAGGCAGCUGGUGGAGACACCACCCCAGGGUCUUCACCUUCAUCUUUGUACUAUGAAGAACCUCUGGGGCAACCUCCCCGGUUCACUCAAAAGUUACGGAGCAGAGAAGUUCCAGAAGGAACCAGAGUACAGUUGGAUUGCAUAGUGGUAGGAAUUCCACCACCUCAAGUAAGGUGGUAUUGUGAAGGUAAGGAGCUUGAAAACUCCCCAGACGUUCAUAUUGUCCAGGCAGGAAAUCUACACACACUGACUAUUGCUGAAGCCUUUGAAGAAGACACAGGACGUUAUUCCUGUUUUGCUUCUAACAUCUAUGGGACAGAUUCAACUUCUGCUGAGAUUUAUAUAGAAGGGGUUUCUUCUUCUGACUCAGAAGGGGACCCUAACAAGGAAGAAAUGAAUCGAAUCCAGAAGGCAAAUGAGACGUCAUCCCCUCCCACUACUUCUGCAGCCAUUCCUUCAGUAGUUCCCCAAGCCCAGCAUGUGGUGGCCAAGCCCAGGGUGUCAACCAUCCAGCAGUGUCAGAGCCCCACCAACUAUUUGCAAGGAUUGGAUGGAAAACCUAUCAUUGCAGCUCCUGUUUUUACAAAGAUGUUACAAAAUUUAUCAGCUUCUGAGGGUCAGCUGGUUGUCUUUGAAUGCAGAGUGAAAGGAGCUCCAUCUCCUAAAGUUGAGUGGUAUAGAGAAGGGACCUUGAUAGAAGAUUCUCCAGAUUUUAGAAUUUUACAGAAAAAACCUCGAUCCAUGGCAGAGCCAGAGGAGAUUUGUACUUUGGUCAUUGCUGAGGUAUUUGCAGAAGACUCUGGGUGCUUCACAUGUACUGCAAGCAACAAAUACGGCACCGUGUCCAGCAUUGCACAGCUAGAUGUAAGAGGAAAUGAAGACCUCAGAAAUAAUGGAUCUCUUCACUCAGCCAACUCCACCAACAACCUGGCUGUUACUGAGCAACAGCCAUCCCCACCCAACCCAGAACCUUCAGUGGAACAGCCCUCAAAACCCAAACUCGAAGGCGUUCUGGUGAACCACAAUGAGCCCCGGUCCAGCUCGAGGACUGGGCUCCGCGUGCACUUCAACCUGCCCGAAGACAACAAACUAAGCGAAGCGUCUUCUGAGGGCCGCACAGCGGCCACCAACCAGCCCAGGCCCGAUUCUUUCCGGGACAGAUCCAAUGGACAGGGAGCAAGAAUCCCUGAACCUUCUUCCCCCAUCAAAGAGCCUCCUCCCAUUCUGGCCAAACCCAAACUGGCAAGGCCGAGGGUGACGGUUUCCCUUCUCUCUCCCCGCUCCUGUUUUGUGUGCAGCGACUCCAGUCAACUACAACAGCUUCACAACCAAGUCUUACUGGAACAACAGCACUUGCAAAACCCAUCUCCUUCAUCUCCUAAAGAGUUUGCUUUCAACAUGAGUGUUUUGAACUCCACGGCCUCCCCGGCGGUGACAGUGUCCAGCAAGCAGACGAAGGCCCCAUCAUCACAGACAUUUGGCUUGUCCCGGCCAAAGCAUUUCUUCCUGCCCACGAAUGCCACCGCGGCAGCAGUGUCCCCCUCCAGCUCUCCAGUGUUCACCCUGAGCAGCAUUCCUCAAGUCAUUCAGAGGACAGUGAGCAAAGAAAACCUCUUAGUCUCUCACCCCUCCGUGCAAACCAAAUCCCUCACAGGGGUUUCUAUCCAAAAUGAGCCACCCCCUCCAGGUCCAAUAGAGCCAGCACAACCGCCACUCACAUUUUCCAUCUCCAGCGGAAACCAGUUUCAGCCCCACUGCGUGUCCCCAGCUCCCGUCUCUCCCACCAGCCGGAUUCAGAACCCAGUGGCUUUCCUCAGCUCCGUUCUGCCUUCUCUCCCUGUCGUCCCACCCACCAACGCCAUGGGGCUGCCUAGAAGUGCACCAUCCGUGCCAUCCCAGGGACUAAUGAAGAAAAAUACAAAAUCUCCCCAACCAGUAAAUGAUGAUUACAUUCGUGAAACAAAGAAUGCAGUGAUUCUAGACUUGGGGAAAAAAAUGAAUUUCAGUGAUGUCAGAUCAAACCAGCAGGAGUACAAAAUUUCAAGCUUUGAGCAGCGACUGAUGAAUGAAAUAGAAUUUCGCUUGGAACGUACCCCUGUUGAUGAAUCAGAUGACGAAAUCCAACAUGACGAGAUCCCCACGGGCAAGUGUAUUGCUCCCAUCUUUGACAAAAGACUCAAGCACUUCCGGGUCACAGAAGGUUCUCCGGUCACAUUCACCUGCAAAAUUGUUGGGAUACCUGUUCCAAAGGUUUACUGGUUCAAAGAUGGAAAGCAGAUUUCAAAGAGAAAUGAGCACUGCAAAAUGAGGCGAGAAGGAGACGGGACAUGUUCGCUGCACAUCAGCUCUACCAUGAGCGACGACGACGGCAACUACACCAUCAUGGCUGCCAACCCCCAGGGGAGAAUCAGCUGCUCUGGCCACUUGAUGGUACAGAGUUUGCCCAUUCGCAGUCGACUAACAUCUGCUGGUCAGUGUCACAGAGGAAGGUCCCGUGUGCAAGAAAGAGAUAAGGAGCCCCUACAGGAACGCUUUUUCCGACCACAUUUCCUGCAGGCUCCUGGGGAUAUGGUAGCUCACGAGGGGCGCCUCUGUCGGCUGGACUGUAAGGUGAGUGGCUUACCACCCCCGGAGCUGACGUGGCUGCUCAAUGGCCAAUCUGUGCUACCAGAUGCCUCCCAUAAGAUGCUGGUCAGGGAGACUGGAGUCCACUCUCUCCUCAUUGACCCACUCACUCAACGCGAUGCAGGGACCUAUACGUGUGUCGCUACCAACAAAACUGGAGAGAAUUCCUUUAGUCUGGAGCUCACGGUUGUAGCCAAAGAGGUGAAGAAAGCGCCUGUAAUCCUGGAGAAACUGCAGAACAGCGGCGUUCCCGAAGGCCACCCGGUGAGGCUGGAGUGCCGCGUGAUAGGCAUGCCGCCGCCCGUGUUCUACUGGAAGAAGGACAAUGAGACCAUCCCUUUUACCAGAGAGAGGAUCAGUAUGCACCAGGACACAACAGGGUAUGUCUGCCUCCUCAUUCAACCAGCCAAGAAAUCAGAUGCUGGAUGGUACACUCUGUCAGCCAAGAAUGAAGCCGGCAUCGUGUCAUGCACCGCUAGGCUGGAUAUAUACGCUCAGUGGCACCAGCAGAUCCCACCACCCAUGUCCGUCCGACCCAGCGGCAGUCGCUACGGCACUCUCAACAGUAAAGGACUUGACAUCUUCUCUGCCUUCUCCUCCAUGGAAAGCACAAUGGUGUAUUCAUGCUCCUCUCGGAGCGUAGUGGAAAGUGAUGAACUUUAAGAAUGUCGCUGUGCAAGGGGGCAGACCGCGGAGGGGAAUGAGGGUGAGCCAGACACAGUGGCAUGCAAGCAACCGGAUCUGAGUGAGUUCCCAAGGCCGCUGGACCUGUGGCAAGGCGUUCUUUGAAAGAGUCAGCUGGGGUCUCUUGCAGUCUCACCUGGGGGAGAGAGGCAGGGCUGUGCCUUUUAAAGAUUCCAACAAAAAUGUGAGAAGACAAUACAGAUAAACCAAAGAUGUCAUGCAGCUGCCAUCUACAGCUUUGGGAAAAAGCUAGCAUGCUCCCCUGCCCCGCUGCUGCGUUAGAGAUGUUUAGGCCCUUCUAGGAGCAACUGGCGGCCAUAGGCUUGGGCUGAGAGGAGUUAGACAGUAGUGACCUUAGGUAUCACUAACUCCCAAACAAUGCAAAGAAAAAAGGUGGGGAGUUCUCCAUCACCUUUCAUUGACUACAUCCAUAGCAGGUAGUUUUGCUGAAUUCAUUAUAUCAGCUUCUACUUAGCAUUAGGAGAGAGUGCCGUACAACACACAUAUGUAGAGAAGCACUUUUGAUUUGCUUAUCCUGGGUGUACUGAGCCACAUAAUAAGGUGCCAAAAUGUGCUUGAUACAAAAAAUUCACUGAAACACUCAAUAUUGCACAGUGCACUUAUUCUGUAGCCAAAACAGAGCCCCACCAGCCUGUCUGCACCAUUUUUUUGGUGGGGGGAGCUGAGGGGAUACAAUGAUGAGUGGUUUUUCUUUCUGACUUUAUAUAUCCCUACACUCUAGAACAAAAAGGUUGUUAAUAAGCUAACCAAAAAUAAAUCUUUCGUGGGGUUACUUUAAAACUACUAUCUUCAAUUUCCACUAGCAAAAUAUUAAUCUGCCUGUAAAAUACUGACCCUUCCACUACUUCCCUCCUCCAAAAGUCUGGAAUCAUGUGAGGCAGUGAGGGAGGAAGAUGCAUACAAGGUAAGGAAGUGAUGGGAGAACAUUCUUUGUCACUUGCCCCAAAAGAGUGGCGGUUGUGGAAGGAGAGUUCCUUCAUAGCUGUGAGCUACUUUGAGAUAAUUAAUCAAAUUGCAUUUUCUUUAUAGAAACCAUUAUGCUACCUGGGGUAGUGGGAGGAAAGGGGAAUAUGCAUCUGUAUCCAACCCACCCAAUCAAAACCUGCCCCUUCUACUUAAAUAAUUUUUAGACUUCAGUUCACCCCCAGUGCCUAGAAGAGUGCUUUACACAAAGUAGACAUUCAAUAGAUAUUUCCUGAAUAAAUGAAUCUUCCAUUAGAUAAAGAAGUCUGCAAUUCACACACCAGUCCAAAUAUUGCCCUGGGAAUGAUCGUCACAGCACAGUUUGCUCCAGACUCACCAGAGUAAUGGGUUGGAGGUGUCUGUUGCCAACUCACUGUACCCAAGUCUCUGGUGUUUGAGGCAGGACCCUCGGCUGGCAUCUCACUCAAGUAAACAGAGAGUAGGAAGGGUUUGAGGCUUUUUUGUUUAGAAAGGCUUGAAACUUUCUUCACUCAGGCAAGGAUUUCCAGCAUAAAAAUAAAUUCAUUCACUCAAAAAACCAUUUGUGUGUCCGCUCUGUAUAAGAAGCUCUGCUAGAGACUGUGGGAGACACAAUGAUACAAAUAAGACACAGUCCCUGACCUCAGGGAGCUUACAAUCUAGUAGAGGAGAUGAGAAAAAAGGCAUAUUAAAGUGCUGCCUCUUGGGGCAAACAUCUAUUUUUUAUCAAACGGAAGCCUCUAGUGCUCUCCAUCCUCUAUUUUUCAUGACUCAAAUCAUCUUAAUUAUUUUCAAUCUAUUUCUUAAUGAAAGGAAAUGCUUUAAGUUAUUAUCCUUUAAGAAACCAGUGUUUCAGUUAAUUAUUCGGAAUUACUAGAUUUUGUUUCCUUUUUUCAUGUAUACAGGACCAAUACUAAAAAGAUAGCCAACUGUAAUGAAAUAGAAUGCAUUUCAUAUGGAAUGCAUCCUGUAAAAUGUGUUUCUGUACUGGCUUCUAUUAUGAAAUCCCUUAUAACCAAAGAGAGCUGUCUAACUCCAGGAAUGCUCCUUCACAGUUGUGCACCCUACCUCCCCAUCACAUCUAUUUCUUGAAUCCCUAGAAAGUUCUCCCAGGAAAGGAUAUUUUUCAACUCUGUAUGUCUUAGCUUUCUGAGUAAUUUUUGUCUGUUGCCUUUUAGUGUUCGAGAAUGACGGUAAAUGCCAAGCUUGGCCACUAGAUGGCACUGUCUAACCAAAAAACAUAACAAGCCUAAAAAGUCCUGAACUUUGAACGAUCACACUGUAUUAAAACAGGGUUUCUCAACUUCAGCAUUACCGACCUUCGGUCUGGAUAAUUUCUGUUCCAGGGACUGUCCUGUGUGCUAUCGGAUGUUUAGCCACAUCCCUGGCCUCUACCCACUAGAUGCCAGUAGCCUCCCCAGGUGUGACCACCAAAAACGUCUCCAGACAUUGCCAUGUGUUACCUGGGAGGUGGAAUCCGCCUCUGCUGGGAGCCACUGUGUUGAAUGAAUGAAUCAGUGCCCUGCUCUGAGAAUUCUAUUAGCUUUCAUUUACAACGAGGGAUACUUAAUGUAGGAAAUUUUAGUUCUAUUGAACUAAAAUAUUUGGACUCAACAUAUCCAAAAUCAGAUUCAUCAUCUUCCCUUUCAUAAACCAUUCUUCAACUGAGUUUAAUGAUUUCUAGUAAUGGCACAAUCACAUUGUUAGUAACCCAAAGAAAAAGUAUCCAAGUAUUUUUUGCUUCCUCUUAUCCAAUCAGUUGUUACAUCCAGUUAGUUCUAAUGCUUUUUUAUUUCAUAUUCAGCCCUUCUUUCCAUCCUUCUGCAGUUCCUCAGUCCAGACUUUCAUUACUUUAUUAAUUGCCCUCAGUGCUUCUGAUUUCAAACAUAAUAAAAAACUUCUAACUGGCCUUUUGGCCCCUAGUCCUGCUAUUUUCCCCCACUCAAAUCCAGCCCAGAUCUCAAUGUCAGCUCAUUCUUCCUGAAGUACUUCUCCAAUUAUACUAUUCCCCAAUUUCAAUUUCCCAAUGGUUCCUUGGAGCCAACUCAGGUACCAGCUAUUCUGCCCUGUAGUAUUCAAGGCUUGCUCCAACAUAUCCCAAGGGAUUCUCACCCACUACUCAGAACACACUCCCAAUGUGACAGCAAACAGAGGACAUCGGCUCCCAGGCACAUGCCUCCUCUUGCCUCUGCUUGGAAGCUUCUCUCCCUGAUCUCCACCUACAGAAAUCUUACUUGUUCCUUAAAGUCCAUGUCCAAUGCCACUGCUUCUCUGAAAUAUUUUCUGGCCCCAACCAAAUACAAUUCUACUUUCUUUGAAAUCUUAUAGCAAAUUUCUUGAGUCUGGAAGAAGAGAAGAUGAUUUCAUAUAGUAUUUUAUAUAAAACACGGCUUCUGUAUACCUGCCUGCCUCCUCCCCUUGCACUAGCCCAGUCUUGCCUACACUAGGUUUUAGCAACUUGUUGGUAUGGACUGUGUCAAAAGUUUGCCAUGUACCUUAUACAGAAUAGGCACUCAAUAAAUAUUUAUUGACCUAAAUUGAACUUUAAAACUCUAUGUAAGUCAGUAUGGUUCUACAUAUAAAGUGAAUUGAGUCUAGAGCAGUGGUGCUUAACCUUGGCUGCACAUUAGAGCCUCCCCAUGCCCAGGCCACAACCCCAAGUCAGUAAGUCAUAAACUCUGGGAUUGUGACAUAGGCAUCAAUAUAUUUUAAAGCUUCCCAUGUGAUUCCAAUGAGCAACCAAGAUGGAGAUAUCACUUCAGAAUUUACCUGGAAAAAUCCAAAGGGAUGUGGUUGGCAUGAAGCUGUAAUAUUGGCAUCAGUGGAAAAUACAACCCCACUUGUUGCAUGUGCCAUGAGUGUAGAAAUAGAAAUAAACACACACUUUGGCCUUAUUAGACCCUACUGUUUCUACACAAUGAUCAUUAGACACGUAGCAUUCAUGAAGCCCCCAGAGGAAGCUCAAAAACCUGCAAAAAAAAAUGAACCAGCAAAAGAGGGAAAGUUGAUGCAAUUUGUCUGGUCCUUUGUUUCAAAAAGCCUUUAAAGAUCCCAUAAGCACCCUUCUCUCCAAAUAACUGAAGGGCUUUUCAUAACUUGGUUAGACAUGAAAAUGGGCAUCAGAGGGAAAAUGGAGAAAGAAAAUGUGCCAUUAAAAUCAAACUGCCUUUUUGAAACAUUGUGUCCUUCACCAAAGUAAAGUUUUAAUCAAAAUUGCCAAAUAGUACAACUAGCUUCAAUGUAUCAUUCUCUUUUUAUUUCCUUCCAUAGGCAUUCAAAGAGAAAUUAAAUGGUCAAGAGACUGAUAAUGCCCAGGGCUAGAGCUCUGAAUGACACCUGCCAUUUAGAAUAAUUCUCAGAGGAGUCAAAGAUGACUUUUGUAAGGACAGGUUAGUUCAGAUUAAUCCUCAAAUGAUAAAUUGGUUGCCUUCCAAAUGUUCACUUCUAAAUUCAUUAUUUAAACUCAGAAUAUAUUUCCUUACAUACAUAUCACCCAAUGCCAGAUUCCCAAGUGAAUCCAGGAAAGCCCACUUAAGUCAUGACUGGGUUACUGUAUCUAUUACACCUGAUUGAGUUACAGUCCCAACCAAAAACAACCAAUAAGAGAAGAAAGGCUACUUCCUCCUGCUUUUUCAUAUCUAUGAUGUGUCAAAGCUAAAGAGUGUCUAUGGUUCUUUCAGCAUCUAUUCCCCAUUCUGUGUUUUACUUCCCAGAUCCACUGCAUCCCAUGUUCUACAAUCCGCUCUGCUGCAGUGCAUCCCAUCUCACCCCUUCCCCACUGCCUGCCAACAGGCUUCAUGCUCCCAAAUGACCUAACUCCAGUUCCAUGUAUCGUGGUUUGGUGUUCAGAAGAAAACAAUUCACCUGAACGCAUUCUGAAUGCCUAAGAGUCUUAAUUUCAGAGAAGUGCUGCAUGUUCUAAAGAGCAGUUGCUUUCUCACUCCAACUUCUAAUUGAUAGAAUUGCUGGCAAAGUAAAAAAAUAAAAAAAGUGAGGUGGUGUGGGGAGGUCUAGAAAACUGGAUCAGACACCCAAAUUGUUCUUCCUGAUCACUGCCUCCUCCUGUCCUCCUCCCCACACACUCCCAAAGUACCUUCCAGGCUGAGAUCCUGGCCUGAAUAUGUUUGCAUAUGGGGUAUUUCUAUGUUGAUUGUAAACUCAAAGGCAAAUUUAUUCAUAAUGACCUUUAUUUAAGGUCACUUCCAGGGUCCCUGGGUUGCCUCACAGCAUUUCCUCUGAUGGUUGAGUUGAAAAUCAGUAUUCCUUACCAGUAAGAUGUAGAGUUACUUAGAUUGCAAUACAGCUUGUUGAAGUCCUUUUCACCACUAAUUAAUUGCCUUUCCUUGUUUUAAGUGGAUCAAUAUUUCAGAAAGUUAAUUGCUGAAGCAUUGCUCGAAGAAUGCCAAGCAUCUUCUAAACUUUGGCAAUGCAGUGGUCAUCAGUAUACUAAAAAAGUUGCCAACACUAUGCUUUUAAAAAUCUGUGCUGUGCAAAAAAAAUGCAUAUGUGUUAAAAAUAUGGUUGCCUCUUAUUUUUGACUAAUUAUAUUAGCAUACUUGGUAUUAUAGAACCAUAAACUGGCUGCUUUUUGUUAAUAUGUAAAUAAUGGCCACUUCAAACUCCCAAGAGCAAUAGCCUUUGAAACUGCAAGAAAUAGAAAAAGAAUAUUCUUUUCAAUCCUCUGAGAAUUGUGCCAUAAACGCUGAGAGUAAGCAUAAAGACAGUGGCUGUACUGUAGCAUAUAAAUACUAAUUUGCUACAAGAUUUAACAUAUAAGUGAAUAGAAAAUGUUUCCCUAAUGAUAAAAAUUUAAAUAUUUCAACAUUCUUUGACAAUAAAUGCUUUAAGCCUGAAAAAAAUGUAAUUUUCCUUUAAAAUGCAGAAAACAGUUCUAGGUUCCAGGUUUAAAGAUUACUUUUUGAUGAUGACUGAACUCAUUUAUUAAUGUACAAAUAUAGUUGAUACUUAAAAGUGAUUUUUAAAAUCUUAUUCAUAUUGUAUAAAUUACUACGUGAGUUAUAAGCUGGUUAAAUAUUUCUACAGCCACAGAAAGAUAGCUGGGUUUUGGUCUUUCUAAAAUACCCAGCAAAUCCAAUAGACUUCUCAUAGAAUGAUCCUUAACUCUCUAAGAUAAAAAUCCAUUCUGCCUUCUAACUGAAAACAGAGACACAUUAAAAAAUGAGACUUAAAAAUGAGAAAAGUGAGGGUGGGGGAGUUUAACCAGUUCAGAUUGGAAAUUAAUGGAGAUACACAUACAAUUUCGUUACAAUAAGAGAUGUUUUAAUACCCAUAAGAAAUGAAUUAUUUUCACAAGGUAUGGUAAGAAUCAAUUGCUCAAUGUUCCAAAAUUCCAAAGAAUCUGAUGUUUUAUACAGAUUCAGUGAGUUAUCUGCAAACUAGGGCAGAUUCUUGUAAUUUCCCCACAGUUAGCAGUGGAAGAAUCCAGUGAACUGUAUACUAGUAUUCACUAUAGCAGUCACUACCAAAAGAUUACUCAAUGUGCAUGCAAUAAUUCAAAUGAGGUCAUUUGAACACAACUGUAUUUUUUAACACACAUUGGCAAAUUAAAUUUUGUUUUUCACUAUUUUGAUUUCAAAGAUACCUUAUCCUCUUUUCUGAUUAAUUUUCACUUACUUUUUCCAAUAUUUAGCAUAAAAUUUCUCAACCUACCCCAUCCUGUCAUUACUUCCCCGUCAAGAUAAAAAUCUGUAAAAUAAUAGCAUUUGGAGAGCUCCUUAUUUCUAGGAAUUCUUAGGUGAAUUCCUAAGAAAUAAGGGGAUUUUAAUAAUUCAGAUGAAUUUCAGACACAUUCUCUAAUUUUUCUAUAAGCCUGGGGUCUCUGUUUCUUUAUAAAAUAAGCAAAAUACUUGAGCCUUUCCCAGAAUGGUGGAUAGAAUAAAUAAAUAUUUAUGAAGAAUUUACUUUAGAGACCCUAAAAAAAGCAGUAACGAGGUUUUUUUAUUCUAAGGAAUAUAUUAAAAACAUUUUCCUCCAAAGUAAGUAGUUCACUUAAAAGUUCACAUUUCAUUUUUGUCCAACUACUUUCUUUUUCCUUAGAAAGGUAGUACAUAAAGGUGGGAUCUUCUUGCAAAAUGGUAUGCAGUUUUUUUUUUUUAAUCUGGAGAAAACCAAAUGAAUUUAAGAAAUACCCUAUCUGCUUUCUGCAGGAGAUUCCAGGAAAUUUUAUUUUGGCACAGGCAGAAGAGCCUAAGGGAACUCUGAAUUCUGUAUCUAUGAUUGAAGGUAGUAGAAAUACCAGAGUGCACACAGUAAUAGCAAAGGAAUUCUUGUAUUCUUUUCUGGCUUAAGCAAUUCGGGACAAUUCCAGUGUACUGUUCCAGACCCUAAUGAAAAAAUGUUCCAUACUAGCAUGUCAAUGGCCUUAUGUUGAAAUGAAUUGGCAGUGAGGACUGCACACAUGCCCACAGGCAUACACACACACACACACACACACACACACACACACACACACACACACACUUCAAGUAAGGACUGCUGGAGCACCCAGAGCUAAUGUAAUUCAAUUAGAAUCAGGUGACACCUUUUACACUUUUCCUGUCUCUUCCUGCAUGAGUUCUUUACACUUAAAAACACACCAGGCCCCAGAAGGCCCACAAACAUGGUAUGCUUCCAUCUUAGGAAGCUUGAGUCAAUUUAUUUUCGAAAGUACUUUUUUGCUGUUGAAAUCCUGAUGGAAAAACCAUUAUAGUAGCCAUUUUGAAAUGUGUGAAUUACAUGAACUGUAUAUUUGGCCUUUAUUAUUAGAAAACAAUGAACAGAUCUUGCCUUUUAUUCCUGUUCUUCUGCAUCAUGCAUGCUAGCUAUUCUGUCAAACUGAAAACCAGUGAUCGCUUAAGCCAAUGUGAGCGUAAACUGCUUCUUCAGAAGGUGGAUGGUCCUGUGUUCUGGGAGACCAUGUCAUCACCGUGACACCCCUUGCUCUUACUUGGUCAUGCUUACUUAAAGAUUUGGGGGGGGGGUGUUUUUCUUGGAGACUUUGCAAUUAGAAGAAGAAAAAUAAGAAUUAUGAACCAGUAUUUAAUUCAACCUGGAUGUUUUAAAGAGCAAUUUAGAGGAUGUGUUGGACUGUUUCUUUAUCCAUUAAAUAAGAUUUUAUUUAUUCUCAA